AUGGGUAAUAAGUUAAUUUUUUUGGGUACUGGUACCUCAUCAAAUAUUCCGGUAAUCUGCUGUUUAGUAGCAAAACCCCCAACAUGUAAUGUUUGUUUGGCAGCAGUUACUGAAGAAGGAAAGAAAAAUAGAAGACGUAACACUAGUGUGAUAGUUCAAUUGGAUUCCGAAAACGGUGAAAGACCCAAGACAAUUCUUAUUGAUUGUGGAAAAAAUUUCUAUGAAGCUGCCCUUAAUGUCUUUCCUAAAAAUGGUCUCAGUGAGAUAGAUGCUGUUUUGUUGACGCACCCACACGCCGAUGCUAUAAACGGAUUGGAUGAUUUGAGAGGCUGGACUAUGAAUGGCCCACAGAGCACUCUGCAUAUCUAUUUGACACAGGAAACGUAUGAUACAAUUGCAAGAGCAGCUCCGUACAUGGUUGAUGCUUCCAAAGCUACAGGAGGUGGUGAUGUACCUGCUUUUACUUUCCAUAUUUUCUCACCCGAGAACCCUUUCAAUCUUCUUACUUGUAAUAACGUUCAGGUUACACCCCUCCCUGUUCAUCAUGGUUCGUACUUUGGUGAGCAAAAAUCAAAACCAUUUUGGUGUAUGGGAUUCCGUAUUUGCAACUUGUCGUACAUUUCCGAUACCAACUUUAUUCCUCCUAGCACAAAAAGUUUGAUGGAGGGAUCAAAAGUUGUGGUACUGGAUGCUCUUCGUUCGUUCCCACAUGCUUCCCACUUCUCAUUUGACCAAGCUCAUGAGUUUGUAGAGUCUAUGGAGAAGAAACCAAAGAAGGUUUUCAUACUGGGUUCUGUCAUCGUACAGAACACUCUGAUAUGGAGCGUGCAUUUGCCAACUUAG